AAACACACUUUUCCAGAGAGGAGAGAGCAGAGAGAAAGACAAGAGAGACACCAAAGGUCAUCUCUCUUUCUUGGAUCUCUCACUACAUACCAUAUUGAAAAUUCAGAAAGAAAAAUCUUCUCUUCUACCCAUCUUCCAUUACAUAGUUCUGUUCAUCAUAUCUUUUUAACAAGCUAUUGGUUUGUCCUCUUGAAAUUUGACCACCUUAGAUAGCAUGGAUCAUGUUCGAGCACAUUCAUCUCCUACGUUACUCACUUCUUCAACAAGUCAUGAUGGACAUUCAGAAGAAUGCGGUUUGGAAGGCCUUGCAACAAAUGUAAAGCUAUUGUUGAAACUAAUUCAAGACCACAAUGGGGCAUCCACAAAAGACAAUGUUGAGCGCAAGUUUCAAAGGGUGAAUGGAAUGAUGUUAAUCUUAGAUGAAGCACGGUCAAGGAUUCAAAAGAUUCAAUCUUCUACCAAGAGAAAAGCAGAACUCAGAAGAUGCAACACUGAUCUUAAGCCUAACAUUCCAAUUCCCAAAGACAGAAGAACCCCUGAUGUUCCCAUAGAUGAGAAAGAGAAGCUGAGAAGAGAACUCAGUGCAAGCCUCGUUGCGCGCCAGAGCCUCCAAGCAAUGUGUUCAAGCUUGGGAAAAGAAAAACAGAUCAUGGCUUCUGAACUUGCAAGAAAGGCUCAAGAGCUGACAGAGAUGGAGGAGUUCAUCAGUGAUCUGAAAGCGCAGAAUGACAUGCUGUUGGGUAGGUUGCAUGCUUGCAACACAGAACAACAGAGAGAGAAGAAGGGGAAUAAUAAUGGAGGGGAAAUAGAAGGGAACAUUGUCCUGCAAGAGCGAAACAAGGCGCUUACAGAACAGCUUCAGAGGUCUAUUGAUGGCUAUAGGUCUUUGAAGAGAAGACUCAAAGACUUGCAAGAGGAAAAAAAGGAUGUUCAUGCUACAAUGGAGCAAAUGGAGGUGGAAGUUCAAGCAGGCAUUGACAGGAUACGUAGCAUCAAGGAAGAAAUGGACACAAUUGAUGCAGAAACAAGUGGCAUCAAAGAGGGAAUUUCAGAUUUGGAGUAUGUGCUUGAAUCUCUUAUCAUGAAAAUCUCAAAACACACACAGAAGAGAACUUAGUGUGAUUAGCCAAAAGCUCAAUCUGUGAUUGGUAGACAGAGAUGAGAAGCAGGAUUUGCAGGGGAUGAGAAUGGACUCUGCAUCACAUCAUGGCACAUCCAUGUACAGCAUUCUCUUAUUUCACUUAUUGCCUGCCUCAUCUAUUUUCAUGUCUAGAAAGCAUACUCUUAGACCAGAUUGGUCAAAGAAGAGAUCGGCGAUGCUGCAAAAUGUUUCUGAACUUACAUUUCUAGAUGUUCACUGACAUUAGAGUUGUACAAACCAGAUUCCUGUCAUUUAUGUAGUACGCCUGUUCUGAAUUUGAUUUUUAUUCAGUUCAAUCUAA